UUGAUUUUUCGUUAUCAAGCGAACACAUCUUGAAUAUCAUGUAUCGACGAAUAUUUGUGCUUUUGAUUGUCCCUGUCCUUUUUAUCCUUAAAAAGGCAGAAUGUGGGAUGAGUCAGGAUCAAGUGGAUAAUAUGGCAAAGGGAAUGCGGAAAUCCUGUACAUCGAAAGUACCAGUAGAUUUGGCAUUAGUUGAAGGAGUAGUCAGAGGUGAAUUUCCCGAUGACCCAAAUCUUAAAUGUUACCUGAGAUGUGUCAUGAAAAUGACAAAAGGGAUCAAGAACGGUAAACUUGAGCCCAAUAUGUUAAUAGCACAAAUGAGUUUGCUGCCAGCAAAUGGCGAUAGGUUGAUUGAAGGCGUUAAAAAAUGUUCAAGUGAAGUUGCGGCUGAUGACGAAUGUGAACUUUCCUUCAGGUACGUUAAAUGUCAAUAUGAAUUUGAUCCAUCAGUAUUCUUUUUCCCCUGAAAGGAAAGAAUGGCAUUCUUCAAUAGAAAUAAUACGUUUAUUAUUAUAUUAAAGUCUAAGAGUCAAUGUAUUCUUCCAAAAUAUAGUUCGUCUAUUGUUUUUAUUUUA